GCCGAAGGGGAACAGAAAAAACCAUCGAUUGCAUCAUGGAUCGCGGAGAAGCUAAGAUAACGAUACAGAUAAGGACCGAUGGGUGUCAUGCGUUAUCGGAACAUGCACAACUUUACAGGGGUCAUGUAAUGUGGCUGGGGCACGAACCUCAGCCACAUCUGACCCUGCUGGCAGGACGCGCUCCUGGGCUCUCAUUCGCGCGGCGCACACUUUUCGGAAGGCGAGAAACUCCGAACCGUCCCAAGCACCACAAACCCUACCAAAUUCCCACCAGGCAAUUUUCGAAUUACCAGGAGCCGUCGAAGUGCAGAGCCACAACACGUCGCCCAACGCAGGACUCCGGAUCAGCAAUUGUCUUCAUACAAGACUCCUUGCUGAGUUCCCUUUUAUCGUGGCAGGGAAAUUUUGAUCAAGCGGAACAUAUCGCCAGUCAAGAUGCCUACCGAAGCCGGCCACAGAUUAUAUGUCAAGGGUCGCCACCUGAGCUAUCAGCGUGGCCGUCACACCACCCACCCCAAGACCAGCUUGGUCAAGAUCGAGGGUGUUGAUGACACUGCUGCUGCCAACUUCUACCUUGGCAAGCGCGUCGCCUAUGUCUACCGCGGCCAGAAGGAGGUUCGCGGCACCAAGAUCCGCGUGAUCUGGGGCAAGGUCACCAGGCCUCACGGCAACUCCGGCGUUGUCCGCGCCAAGUUCGCCACUCCCCUCCCCGCCAGGUCCUUCGGUGCCUCCGUCCGCAUCAUGCUCUACCCCUCGUCUAUCUAAAGGGAACGGGUCAGGCCGGAGUUGGGUGGUAAAGGUGGUUUAUGAUUUCGGUGCAUCAGGGAUUAGCAAGGGUCGGCAAACGGGCCUUGCUUCUAGCAUACAAAAUCAAAGGCAUUACCAACAAGAGACAUGCCAAACAAUUGCGAUUGAGGAUCCCGCAGUUUACUGCUGGGUGCGAGACGAAUGCUUCAUCAACGGGAGUGGUUCAUGAAACGGCGCAAUGGGGAGGAGACUUGAGUCUUCUCAUGUCACAAAUCAAUCAAAGCCAGCCUGGGCUAAUAUUUAACAGGCCCCCUCAAUCACAACAUCCACGCUUUGCUACCCAAGACCAUGAACCGAUCCUUGAAUGCUGUAGUUUUGGUUAACACUAUUCCUAGGAUUCAUGACAAGUGUGC